CGACGUUUGAAACUUGGCGCGGACCAGUGAAACAAACAUGUCGGACGCCACCGAUGAUCCCGUGGUGCGGGAGAUCCCCGUGCAUUUGGCCGACAUCCUUCGCGGCAGCAUUCAUGUCGUGCAAUUCCCGCUGCGGCCAGUGUAUCGCCCCAUGACGAGCAGACCCGUCCACGCCGAGUACAAACCAGUCAACUCGAUGCUGACGCUGGACUACCCCGUACACACGGAAGAUCACUACAACAAGGACGACGACAUGGACAUGCCGUCGCGAAUGACUUUGCAAAGCAGCGCGAUUGCACCGGUUUCCAACUAUGCCGUGGGAGUGUUUCGCGACGGUCAGUUGCACUUGACGCCCGUGACGUCGAUCCUGCAAAUGCGCCCGACCAUGUCCCAUUUGGACGACGAGGAUGAAAAGGACGACAACGACAUGGACGUGUCGACUCCAGUCGCUCCGACGUCCGCAGCAGCGCCGGAAGAAGUCCAGGUGCAGGUCGUCAAGCGGCAGUCCGAGCGCGCACUGGCAGCGAUGCAAAACUCAUACGCGUACAAGCGCAGCGUAAUCCAGAGCGAAAAGUGGAUGGAUUUGACGAUUAACCCGACAGAAGAAGACGAGUUCGAGCAGUUGUUCAGUGACGUCGAGGUGCCCGUGCCAUUUGACGUGACGCCCCAAGCCUACCUCAACGCAUUGAGUUAUCGCCAAGACGAGCCGGACGCGGUCUCCGUCGCCACCGCGAUGGACAACAAGGCGGCGGACACAGGUUUGAAUUCCACUGGGAACAUGAACAAAUCGGCGUCGCUCGACGAUCGCGUCCUUGCCGUCCUGCAAACGUACAAAGUACUUCAUUUCAAUCAGCUCUGCGAGUUGUUGCCGCUGGAAAGUCGCCACGAAAUCCACGCGGCGUUGCCACGCGUCGCCACCAUCGUCCGUGGUUGUGUCGUGGCCAAAUCGUCGCGGCUGCCCGACCAUCCUGACUUCCGCGCCGCGAUCGUCGCCGAGCUCGCGAACGCCGUGCACAUCUCGCGGAAUGACGUGAUUCAAAAGUAUGCGAUCCCUGCUAUGUUGGCAAAAACGCUCUUGACCGACUACGCCGUGCUGAACCCGGCGAACCGACUGUGGACGCUUAAACUGCCCGACGACCACGAAUCCAACUGGUUGCUAUGACACAUGAACGACUGUACCUUGAAUGCGAAAAACCUUGACAUGA